GCCAGAGACUUUUUUCCUUCGCGGCGCUCUGCUUCCUUAGAGGAGGGAAGGGCGCGCGCGCAGAGUCGCGCCGGUGGCGUCGCGGACGGCAUCUCCGCCAUCUUAGUUGUGGCUAGAGCGAGGCGGCAACUUCGGAAGCGGCUGUCUAGAUGCUGAGGCUCGGCGGGCUCGGGCUGGGCCUGGCCGCGGCGGCAGUGGCGGUGUUAACGGCGCGGCUGCUGGGCUGGUGGAGUCCCGGUGCUGGCGCUCGCCUUUUCAUACCCGAGGAGCUGGCCCGCUACCGCGGCGGCCCGAGGGACCCGGGCCUCUACUUGGCGCUGCUCGGCCGCGUCUACGACGUGUCCUCCGGCCGGAGGCACUACGAGCCCGGGGCCCACUAUAGCGGCUUCGCAGGCCGAGAUGCUUCCAGAGCAUUUGUGACUGGUGACUACUCUGAAGGAGGCCUUGUGGAUGAUGUUUCUGGCUUGUCAUUUUCUGAGAUGCUGACACUUCAAAACUGGAUUUCAUUCUAUGAAAAAAAUUAUGAAUUUGUUGGGAAGGUGAUAGGAAGGUUCUAUGGCGAGGAUGGACUGCCUACCACUGAACUGGCCCAGGUAGAGGCCAUGAUCACCCAAGGCUUGGAAGCAAAUAAACAGGAACUGAAAGUAAAGAAGAAGUUUCCGCCCUGUAAUGUGGAGUGGAGUUCAACCAGGGGCAGCCGGUUCUGGUGUUCCCAAAAUAGCGGAGGUGUGAGCAGAGACUGGAUUGGUGUCCCCAGGAAGCUGUAUAAGCCAGGUACCAAGGAGUCCCACUGCGUGUGUGUGAAGACAACUGGGCCCCCUAGUGACGGGAAACCGGACAGCCCUACACACAGAAAUCGUGGGGACUUGGACCACCCCAACCUGGGGGAAUAUGCGGGCUGCCCACCCCAAGCCCCCACAUGUUUCCUUCCACUCUAAGCUGGCGCCCUGCUUGCUGAUGCACGCAGAGAACCCUGCCUAAAACCCUGGCAGGCCCUUGACUCGUGCCCUGGGAUGGCUCCUGACCUAAAACAAGAGAACCGGGAAGGACAUUGGCCACACUACAAAUGUGACUUGGACCUCCUUAUUGUGGGCUCCCUGUUCUAAUGAGUAAGGCCAGGACUUAGCGCUCUGACAGUUUUUUGCCACUUCCCCCUCAAUUUACUUUGGCCAGUUUUUGCCAUUUCCCCCCUAGAUACGCUCACCAGCCUCCUUCCAAGCCCUCACAAGUAUGUCCAACGGAAAAUUACCUAAGAUAAAAGGGCUUCCUUCCCAUGGACUCCCAGGCUGUCUGGAUCCACUGGGGUCUGGGUCCUGCCUGUAACUGAUUCCCAAGCCUGCCAGGACACCAGGGACACUAGCAACAAGGAACCACAUUAUUCCUUUAGCCCAGAAACAAGCAGACAUGCAGAAAGCCAUGCGAAUAAAGUGUUCACGUAACAGUGUCCGGGUUCCCCACGGCUGUAUUUGUGCCCCUGACUUAGUACCUUUCUCAGAUGGAACAGCCCCAUCCUAAGGCCAGUUUGAACUUACAGCCAAAGCGACACUGAGUUGAUUGAGCUUGGCUGAUACAAUGAGAGGUGACAGUAACCGAGAUAGGUGAAUUCUGGAAAUGGAAAGGCUUUUACCUAUAUGGAUGCAGAAAGCCACGUGCCUCUGAGUGAAGCAACAGUAUAAGCCCAUGACGCUGCUUCUUGUUGGAACACCUGGAAUCCCUGCGACGUGUUUUCACAGGGAGAAGUCUACAUUUUCAUUAAAAAGUAGUUUCACAGCUCUAACAUGGUA